CGCCUACCUCGGCCGAGCUUCCUGGGUCGCCCCGCGCCUGGUGCCCUCGGCUCUCCCCUCAGCCUGGCGGGCGGCGGUCCCCUCGAGCGGAGACGCGCCGGGGCCAAGCCGGGGCGGGCCGGACCCAGCGCGCUGCCAUCGCGCACUCGGGCCGGGGCGCCCGCCGCGAGCCUGCCGGCUCCCGCGCGCUCGGGGCCUUCCCCGGGGCGUGGGAAAGGGAAGGACCCGGGGCCUGGCCUCGGGCCCUGCGACCCCUCCGCGGCGCGGCGGCACCGGGCCCGCCGCCUCCUCCGGCCCGGGCUGCGGGGAGCGAAGGCAGGUCCCCAGCGCUGGGAGCCAGAGGGCUGCACGUCGACCUACCCAAGAUAGUUUGCAGGGCUGCGGCUGUAAUUCGCAGCGGGACUUCACUGACAUGUCAGGCGCUGCUGAUUUGUCCGUGAUGUCGUUCCUUAAUCUAAAGUCACCCGUCGGAGCAGCCCGUGGCUCUCGGCGACUACGAAGUGCGCUCGCUCAGCCUUACCCUUCUAGAGGAAUCACUGGACGGUUCCCCGUAACCGCGUGCUUUUCCUUCAGAGGAGCCGCCGCUCCACAAGCCAACAUGAAGAAGGAAAAACAGAGUCGGUUCAUCCGGAUAAGGGGCUAACAAAUAAUUACGAGGAAGCCUAGGGUUUUAAUAAAUGAGUUACAAAGUGGUGAACUGAAGAGAGGAGGGAAUUCAAGAGAGGGAGGGCAGGUAUUUCCAAACGCUUCUUUUUAAACCCAUGGCACUGUAAGGACAGGGGCAGAAAGCCGGACGGCAAGGGGUUCGUCUCUGAAAUCGAGAAGGCAAAAAGACGUCGUAGAGAUUGCAUAAAGUAGAGAGAACUAGAUAAAGAACGGUUGGGAGGCGUCCUUGUAAAACCACAACAGGAACCCAACGUUUAGAGCCUCUCGUCGGCAAAACGGACUUAAACUCGGAACGCAGUUUCCGCGAGUGCAGUUUUCCCGCCGGAGGCUGGGUGUGCGGCAGCCUUCCUCCUGCGCAAGCGCAGUGCCACUUAGAGCGGAUGGAAGCCGUGGGUUUUCUGUGUCUGGCAGCGGCGAUCCUAGCAUGGGGCUUCCUGUGGGUUUGGGACUCCUGGGCAAGAAUGAAGAGUCUGGAGCCGGCUGGCGUCCCGGGAGAUGGAAGCAGGACCCUCCUGGUGAUCGCGCACCCCGACGAUGAAGCCAUGUUCUUUGCUCCCACUGUGCUAGGCUUGGCCCGCCUGAGGCACCGGCUGUCCUUGCUCUGCUUCUCUGCAGGAAAUUACUACAAUCAAGGGGAGGUGCGUAAGAAAGAACUUUUGCAGAGCUGUGAUGUUUUGGGGAUUCCAUCCUCCAGUAUAAUGAUUAUUGACAACAGGGACUUCCCAGAUGACCCAGAUGUGCAGUGGGACACAGAGCGUGUGGCUAGCAUCCUUCUCCAGCACAUAGAUGCGAAUGGCAUCAACCUGGUGGUGACUUUCGAUGCAGGGGGAGUCAGUGGUCACUGCAAUCACGUUGCUCUGUAUGCGGCCGUGAGGACCCUGCACUCAGAAGGGAAAUUACCUAAAGGGUGUUCUGUGCUCACGCUUCAGUCAGUGAAUGUGUUGCGCAAGUACAUCUCCCUUCUGGACCUGCCCUUUUCUCUGCUUCAUACCCGGGAUGUCCUCUUCGUGCUCACCAGCAAAGAAGUGGCACGGGCCAAGCGUCAGCCCCCAGCAACCAGCAAAUGAAGGCAGGAUCUGGAUGGGUGACCAGAGGCAAUCUUCUCUCCCAUCACUGGGAAAGAACGUUGCUGAACAGCCCAGUUCUUCUAAGACCUCCACGUGCACAGGCCCUGCCAAGCAAGAGGCAAGCCAGAGAGGCCAGCGCCCGGCCUAGCAAUCGGCGUAUGAACCCGGGGCAGCCGCAGGUGUCCCCGUGUCCCCCCUGCACGGGCAGCCGGCCCCCUUCACUCACCGAAGCCUCCGGGGUUGGAGCGCGGAGUAUAGAAACUCUGGACGCCGCACCUCUUACAGAAGGUGUGCUGAGCUUUGUGCGUGUUGAACGUGUAUGUGGUUAUGCUCUCGGCUCCCUACGGGGGGAACGGGCGAAAGAGAUGUUCUCCUUUUACAAAGAGUGUUUUUUGGUUUUUUUUCCGGUCAUCAAAAAAAUUACAUCUUUUAAAAGGCUCCAUGGGGAGGGGAUCCCCUUCUGUAGAGCUCUCAGGGUUAUGAGGACAUGUCCAACCUCCCACAGAGAUAGAGGCGUCUGAAGGACAGGGACCCGCCUACACUGCCCAGAGCCACGUCAGGCCGGAGCCGGGCGGCUCGCAGCUUCUCUUAGUCAAGUGCACACAGGAUGACUCAGCCUUGAGCUGUCCCAGCUCCACCACAACACAGCGCGUCCUGUCCACGUCAGGGAGUGAAAAUGAAAACACCUGCCUCCUAGGCCUCAGAGGGGAGACAGGUCACCUUAGCGACAGGCUCUCCAUGUCCCCGAACAGCACUGCUCGAGAUCUGGAGACAACUGUUGACUGUAUUUGAAUUCACGUACAAAGGACAAACCAGGAAAAGAAUAUUUGCCAGACGUCAUAGUCACAGGGCUAAUUUCCUUAAUGGAGAAUAUAAAUGGGAAACUGGGCAAAAUGACAGAGAAGAAGGAAAAUAAAUCACUCCUUCACCUAUGAAAUGAUAUGCACACUCAGAAAUGGCAAUGAGGUUUGUUUUUUUUUCACUGUCAGGUGGGUAUGAAUAAAAAAAAGUUGGUUAACUUGGUACCGAGUAUGUGGACAAACGCACGCACUCACAUAUCAGUCACGGGAAUAGAAAUUGGUAAAAUCUGGCAACAUCUACCAACGUUUAAAAAUGUACACAUCCUUUAACACAGCAAUUCCACUUCUAGGAGUUUAUCCUACAAUCAAAAUUCCAUAUGUGUCCAAUGACACGUACACAGAUAUUCUAGCACUGUUUAAAACAAGGCUAAAGGGGCACCUGGGUGGCUCAGUCGGUUGAGCGCCCAACUCUUGGUUUCAGCUCAGGUCAUGACUCAGGGUCAUGAGAUCAAGCCCCGUGUCGGGCUCCACUCUCAGUGCGGAGUCUGCUCAAGAUUCUCUCUCUCUCUUCCUCUGCCUCUGCCCUCCCCCAACUUGCUCUCUCUAAAAAUAAAUAAAAUCUUUUUUUUUAAGAUUUUAUUUACUUAUUUAUUUAUUUGUCAGAGAGAGAGAGAGAGAGAGCACAAGCAGGGGGAGAAGCAGGCUCCCUGCUGAGCAGGCAGCCCGACGGAGGCCUCGAUCCCAGGACCCUGAGAUCAUGACAUGAGCGGGAGGCAGACGCCCAACAGACUGAGCGACCCAGGCGCCCUAAAUAAAAUCUUAAAAAAAAAAAGAAAAGACAGUUCUACUUCCAAAUACUAAUAUGGAACAACCUCCAAGGUUAAACGUUAAGUGAAAAAGCAAGGUAUAAAAUAAUUUGUACAGUAUAUUAUCAUUUCUAUUUUUUUUUUUACCAUUUCUAUUUUUUAAAGAUGGAUGUACCUUGGUCUGUACAUAUAUAUAUAUAUAUACACACACUCACACACACACACACACAUUCAUAUGUAUAUGUUUCUUUACACAUAUAUUUAUAAAGAAAUAGCCAAGAAACAGUGGUUUCCAAGGAGAGAAACUGUGUGGCCGGAGGGUCAGGGGUGGAGGUUCUCACCAGAGUUAGACCUUCCCAUCCUUUCCGCGCAGCCUGCCACCCAGCACCGCAGGACAGAAAGACCCUCCGAGCUCUGUGCCUCCCGUAAAAACAGCUCUGAGUCGUCAUGCCACCACCCAGAGAAGCAGCAAAGAACAAUUGCUAAGUGGUCCUAAACCACCCAGAGUCAUCCGAUCGGACACUUUCCCCCAAGAAAUGAUGGGGGGCAGUGGGCAGGGAGGGGCUGCCUCACACUUCACCUUGUUCGUUACUGGAGGUCACUCGGCGACAUUCAGACCCUCAUCCGCACAGUAUUCCAGGCACCUGCCAACCUGACUCCGCCACCCACGGCCUGUCACCAUCACACUGCCAUAUACUCUACCUUUCUGGCGACUUCUAUUUUCUUGCCCCAGCGGAAACCGCCAAUGACCGCCCUGCUGGCCGGUCUAAUGGUUGCUUUUCUUGACCACUAGAUUGGGAACUGGUUCCUCUUAACCUGACCUCUCGGUACCAGUCCUUCCAUUUGGAAACAGGGGUCUCUGAGGACAGCACGCUCGACCGACGUUCCUCCUUCGCAGGCCCCUCUCUCUGUUCAACCCCCUGUGAACGUCGGCGAGCCCCAGGGCUCUGGCCUCGGCCCCCUCCCGUCACCGGCCGCGCGCAGCCUCAGCUCUCCGCGCCCAGGAGCCGCCACUCCGGGAGCAGAAGCAGCGGAUCGGCCCGCUCUCAGCGCCAGACGUACGCACCCAGCGGCCCCCGGCCCAUCUCUGUCCCUGUGACUGCUGACGACACCUCAGCUUUUCCGAGAAAGAGCCCCCGAUGCUCACCCCGCCUCUGAAACGGGGGUUCUCAGCGCGUGGCCCCGGGACCAGAAGCAUCACCGUCACCGGCGACCUCGUGGGAAAGGUCGAUCCUUGGGUCCCGCUCCCAGACCCAGAGAAUCGGAGUGGGGCCCAGCCAGCUCCCGAACGUGCCCUCCACGUGAUCACGCACUCGCUGAAGUCUGAGAGCCACUACUCCGAAAUGAAUCUCAAAUAUCUGCUUUGUUUCCAUCUCCGUGACCGCCACCCGAGCCCGCGUUCCCAUCGCCUCCCGCCUCGCCACCCCUGCAACCUCCUGGCUGCCUCCCCGUCACAGCGGCUGCCUCCCCACACAGUCCGCUCCCCACCCGGCGGCCAAAGCCAGCUCUGAAAGCACUGAAGCAGGCCUGUCGCUACCCUGCUUGCUCCAAACCCUCUGCGGGCUGCAUGCUGCACAAAGGAUAAAAGCUGUGUCAGGGCGCCUGGGGGGCUGAGUUAAGCCUCCAGCUCAGGUCCGCUUCUGGGGAGGCUGCUUCUCCCUCUACCCCUACCCCGCCCCCCCGUGCUCUCUUUUUCAUUCUGCUCUCUCUCUAAUAAAUAAAUAAAAUUUAAAAAAACAAAACAAAAACCAACAAAACAUCAAAUCACUCCUUCAACAGGCUGGGGCCAAGUAUGGUGCUCUAGGGCACCAGGAAAUGCACUGAUAAGCAGGCCCAAGGAGGAAAUAAAGGGGGGAAAGUACCAAUUCCGAGACCCAAGGCCUUAUGGCUGUACCUGGUGGCGCCUUCAGGAACCAUCCAUCACGGACGCUCAGGGGCGAAGCUGAACUGGGGCCAUAGCCUCCAGCACGCUUCCGAGGAGAACAACUGGCAUUCUCUGGGUGUACGGGGAAAACAGGGAGCAGUGUGCUACCCAAGGGUCCCCCUCGUCCACCAGGCACCCACACGAAGGAUCAAGAAAAGGAGACAAAGUGGCCCCAAGUGUCCGGGAUUAAAUCUCACUCACUAGGAAAGGCCAGGACUCACGCAUUCCUUCACUCAGUUAGUGGUUCCUCCCAGACACGGAGUGCCUAUUCAACGCCAAGCCUGCAAGGCCAGGAGCUGGUCAGAUGUGACUAAAGAUGACGCUCGGAGACCCCAACGAUUUUACAGAGGAGACAGACGUGGAAACACACCAUUACACCAAAGAACAGUGAAGUCUGUCAGACCACAGUGGGGGGCGAGGGGAACCAAGGAUGGAAUGAAAGCCCUAGCCCACCCCAUAUUAGCGACACUAGGCCAAAAGUCUUUUCUUUCUUUUUUUUUUUUAGAUUUUAUUUAUUUGUCAGAGAGAGAGAAUGAGAAAGCACAAGCAGGGGGAGCAGCAGAGGGAGAGGGAGAAGCAGGCUCCCCGCCAAGCAGGAAGCCGGACGAGGAACUUGAUCCCAGGACUCCAGGAUCACGACCCAAGCUGAAGGCAGACACUUAACCGACUGAGCCACCCAGCCAUCUUGCCAAAAGCCUUACUAAAAAGCUUGUAUUCUUUUUUUUUUUUUAAAGAUUUUAUUUAUUUAUUUGACAGAGAGAGAGUGGCUAGAGAGCACAAGCAGGGGGAGCACCAGAGGGAGAGGGAGAAGCAGGCUCCCCGCUGAGCAGGGAGCUGGACACGGGGCUCAGGACCCUGGGAUCAUGACCCACGCCGAAGGCAGAUGCUUCACUGACCGAGUUCCCCAGGUGCCCCAAAAGCUUGCAUUCUUUGACCAGCGAUUUUAUUUCUAAGAAAAUUGAUCCGAAAGAAACAACUUCUAAAUUACCAGAGAUUUAUGCACAGGGAGGUUCACCACAGUGUUGUUUAUAAUUGGGGAAAAAAAAAAAAAAAUGGCACCCGACCUAGAAGUUUAAACAUAGGAAACUGCUUCUGGUACAUUCACAUAACAAAAUAUCCUGUGGGAAAAAAAAGUGUUGCAAGUACAGGAAUAACAGCAUAAGUAAAUUAGGAAAGGAUUGUGGGGGAGGAAGAGAUUCAGGGACCGAGGGGCAAUGGAGGGAAGACUUACUUUUGUACCUUUCAAAAAUGUGUACCAAGCACAAGAAAACUCCCCGAAAUAAUAAAGUUACAAUUUUUUAAAUCAGCAAGACCCAUCAAUAUACUGCCUACAAGAAACUCACUUCAGACCUCAAGAUAAAUGUAGAUGGAAAGUAAAGGAAUGGGAAAACACUGACCAUGCAAAUGGAGGCAAAAAGAAAGCGGGGGUAGCAACACUGUCAUCAGACCAAAGAGAUCUGAAAACAAAGACCCUAACAAGAGACAAAGGACACUACGUAAUGACAGAGGGAACAAUCCAACAGGACGACAUAACGGUUGUAAAUAUCAAUGCACCCAACAUGGGAGCACCUAGAUCCAUCAGGCAACUAUUAACAGACCUAAGGAAAUGGACAGUAAUAGGUAACAGUAGGGGGCCCUAACUCCCAAUUCCAUCGAUGGGUAGAUCACCCAGACAGAAAAUCAACAAGGAAACAGUGGCUUUGAAACUUUAAUAAUUUGAGCAAACUGGAGUGAGUCCACUUCUGGGCCUCUUGAUAGAAGAGAUUCUAUGGAUCUACAUCUCUAUCUGACCAUGUUAACACUCCCUCGAUGACUGUGUGCAUAGAAGAAGCUUUCAUAUUGAGUGGAGUUACUUUUUCCCACUUCAUUGUUCCCUGUGGACAUUAUUUUAGCUAUUUUAGGGCCUGUGUAUUUCCAUGUGAAUUUUACAGUAAUCUUGGGGUACCUGGGCGGCUCAGUCAGUUAAGCAACUGACUCUUGGUUUCAGCUCAGGUCAUGAUCUCGGGGUUGUGGGAUCGAGCCCCUCUUUGGUCUCCAUGCUCAGCAGAGAGUCUGCUUGAGAUUCUCUCUCCCUCUCCCUCUGCCCCUUCCCUGCUCAUGCUCUCUCUCUUUCUCUCAAAUAAAUAAACAAAUCUUUAAAAAAAAUGUAUAGCAAUCUUGUAUAUGUCUGCAAAAGCCUUCCUGGGAUCUUGAUAGACAUCACAUUAAAUCUAUAAACACUGUGGGGAGAAUGAACAUCAAUACUAUGUUGAGGUUCCCAGCGCAAAGACAUAUGAUGUCUAUCCACUUAUUAAGUUCUUCUUUAGUAACUUCAUCGGCUUCCUGUAAUAUUCAGUACAUAGAUCAGGGACAUGUUUUGCUAGUUGAACACCUACCUAUUUAAUUUUCUUUCCAUUACUUGAAAUGGUAUGAUGGUUUUAAUUUCAGUUUCUUAGUAUUCAUUAUUAGUAUUAGACAUGCACUUGAUUUUUAAAAUUGGGGUAUAAUUCACAUGUCAUUAAAUUCACCAUUUUAAUGUCAGAGCCAGGGAAGAGGUGGGCAAAAUGGGUGAAGGAGGUCAAAAGGUACAAACUUUCAGUUCUAAAAUGGGCAUGGAGGGGCGCCUAGGUGGCUCAGUCAGUUGAGUGUCUGCCUUCGGCUCAGGUCAUGAUCCCAGGGUCCUGGGAUAGAGUCCUGCAUCGGGCUCCUUGCUCAGUGGGGAGCCUGCUUCUCCCUCUCCCUCUGCCCCUCCCCCCUACUUGUGCUCUCUCUCUCAAAUAAAUAAAUAAAAUCUUUAAAAAUAAAAUAAAACGGGGGCGCCUGGAUGGCUCAGUUGUUGGGCGUCUGCCUUUGGCUCAGGUCGUGAUCCCGGGGUCCUGGGAUCGAGCUCCACAUGGGGCUCUCUGCUCAGUGGGAAGCCUGCUUCUCCCUCUCCCACUCCCCCGGCUUGUGUUCCUGCUCUCGCUAACUCUGUCAAAUAAAUAAAUAAAAUCUUUAAAAAAUAAAAAAUAAAAUAAAAUGGGCAUGGUGACUAUAGUUAAGAACACAGUUGUUGCAUAUUUGAAAGCUGCUAAGAGAAGAAAUCUUAAAAGUCCUCAUCAGAAGAAAAAAAUUAUUUUUUAAUUACGUAUGUUGUCAGACAUUAAUUACUUAAUUGUGCUGAUCAUUUUGCAAUAUAUACAAAUAAUGAGUCAUUCUGACAUACCCCUAAGACUAAUAAUGUUACAUGUCAGCUGUACCUCAAUAAAAUUUUGAAUUGGGGCGCCCGGGUGGCUCAGCUGGUUAAGCGACUGCCUUCGGCUCAGGUCAUGAUCCUGGAGUCCUGGGAUCGAGUCCCGCAUCGGGCUCCCUGCUCGGCAGGGAGUCUGCUUCGUCCUCUGACCCUAUCCCCUCUCAUGUGUUCUCUCUCUCAUUCUCUCUCUCUCAAAUAAAUAAAUAAAAUCUUUAAAAAAAAAAUAAAAUAAAAUUUUGAAUUCACCAUUAAAAAAAUUUGUUGAAGAUAUAUAUUCUUCAUUGGGAAAUGAUAAAAGUCGAUCAUAGACCAGAACAAAAGGUAAAAUCCUAUUUUGAUAACGACAUAUACAAUGUCAUUGUUAAUAUUAUUUAGCUGUAUUUACCCAGGUAGAAAAUAAUGCACAAGGAUAUACACCUAUAUAUAUCAGUGGUUACUUUUGGUUGAUAGGAUUUGAGUGAUCGUUUACUUUUUGGUUCUAUUUUU